GGCAUGCAGGAGUUGAUGGCGAUCUACAAGACAUUCCACGACUUUCUUAACAAUUUUGUGAAACAGUUUCCCUCACAUCUGAACUCCGAUGCCCCUGAGGGUCUUGCAAAUAGCGUGGAUGUCUUGCCCACCAUGUUGGCCCUUACUGACCCACUUUUCGUUGAUGGAAAAGUAAAAAAACUUCAGGAGAAGUUCGAUAGUCUUCAGCAGAUCCUUGGAUUCUUGUUGGACAAAAGCUUCCCCAUUGUGAAGAAGGAAUCCCACAGCUGGUUCGACGCCGAGAGAUCAAAACUUCAGUCGCAAGUCGAUACAAUCAGUACGACUAUGGAACGUUUAGCGCUGAAUCGACAUGAUGUCGUAC